AUGCAACCACCUAAUUGGGAACUACCAUUUGAGGUGAUGUGCGAUGCAAGUGACUAUGCGGUUGGAGCAAUGCUCGAAAAAAGGAAAGAUAAAAGGCUUCAUGCCAUUUACUACGCCAACAAGACACUUGACGACACACAAAUCAACUAUGCUACCACGAAAAAGGAAUUCCUAGCAGUGGUGUUUGCAAUUGACAAAUUCAGAUCCUAUCUUCUUGGAUCAAAAGUCACUGACAAAAAGGGACCCGAGAACGUAAUAGCUGACCACCUCUCAAGAUUGAAACAGGAAGACAUAGGGGACAUCAAGGAUUUACCAAUUGAUGACUCAUUUCCUGAUGAGAGAUUACUAGCACUCUCACAAGCUCCAUGGGUAUUGCCACCAAACAUGUCUUAUCAGCACAAAAAAAAAAAUCUGCAUGAUGUGCACUUCUACACAUGGGAAGAAUCUUUGCUGUAUAAGAGAUGCAAUGAUGGGCUGAUAAGGAGAUGCAUACCAAAAGAAGAAAUCGAGAGCAUUUUACAGCAUUACCAUUCAUCACCAUAUGGAGGACAUUUUAGCACAACAAAAACAACAGCCAUGAUUUUGCAAACAGGAUUUUUCUGGCCAAAUCUAUUUAAGGAUAAAUAUGGAGUGACUCACAAAGUGGCAACCCCUUACCAUCCUCAAAUCAGUGGUGAAGUAGAAGUUUCAAACCAAGAGCUGAAAUAUGUCCUUGAGAAAACAGUCAAUCGCUCAAGGAAAGACUAG